GCUCCCGUGGCUCAUGCCAUCACUUCCAUUCUGUGGCUCACGGCCUUUCUAACCAGCGCCAGCUCCACCUGUGCAGCUACCAUCUCCCAGGGCGGCUCAUGUGCUGCAGCCAUUCUGAGGGAUUUGGCCACGGCAGGGUCCACGAUCUACGGCUUUGAUGAAGAUUGCUAUUUGACCAAGCCCAGGGAGACCAGCUGGCGUGUGUAUCAGCGGUGGUACCAGCAUUUGCUCCCAGAACCCGAGGAGCGGCGCCUGCGGAGCACCAGAGGCGCGCAGAACCUCACGGCCUACCGCGCCAAGUCUGCCGAGAUUGCCGCGAAGCUCCGAAAUCUGACGGCGCCCUCAGCCGGUGGCCGGGCCGUGUUGCCCAACGUGCUGUUUGAUGCCGAGAGCAAGGGACUUCCUCGCGAUUUGGUGAGCAAAGAGCAGAAGGUCAGAGCAGUGGAUGCCAAACAUAACUACAACACUGAACGCAACUUUGCCCUGGCCAACUGUGUCUUUGACAGCGUGGCCGCCACCACGUGGAUGAUGCGUGCCUUGCUCUCCAUUGAAGAGGCCUCGCGCAACUGCCCGGAGCCAAAGGCCUGUACCGUGGAUGUCUUGUACGUCCUUGGUUCCUUUUCCUAUGCCGCGCAGACCUUAUCCUUGGCCUUUGUGGAUUGCCCUAAGCGUGGCAAGCGUGAGGCGCUCUGUGGCGCGGACAUCUCCGAUGUCGUCGGCUCCAUGGCCAUCUUCGUAGCCUCCACCUUGCAGGCUGCGGAGUAUUGUGACGCCACGUUCCGGGCCCCCACCGGCCCCAUCCGGGGCGGCCUCCGGUCUGCGGCCGGUCACUGGCGUGUCACUCCCGGCCUGGCCUUAAUUAGUGUCCCAAGUUGUGACCCGGGACUCGGUCAAAAUUAUUUGACACCCACAAACAAAAGAUCAAGUGAAAUUCCGAAGCCAUUUGGGCAACCCCAUCCCAGCCCUCGAACUGUUGCAGCACCUGCCAUGGCGGUGGAAGACCAACAGCUGAUUGCCGAUGCUCAAAACGAGGAGCGCAGUGCAGGAGGCUGGCGACGGGCAUCCGGGCCCUUGGUGCUUGGACUUCUGGGGAGCAACCUGCUGCUUUUGUGCAUGGUUCUUUGGCUGGCCAUUACCGCAGGGGCUGGUUCACCGUCCGCGGAUGGUCCAACAGAUCAUGAUCUCAUGUUGCCCUUGCACUCCGAGUUCCGCCGGGAGCAACAGGAGCAACGGCACCUCUUCGACGUGAACUUGUUCGAUGAGCCGGAUGAGCCGUAUGAAGACUACCCCACUGACACUGGGACAUGGUACAGCUGG